UCUGGAUUCAAAGUCACAGUCACACUGUAUGUAUUGCAGAUGUUGACGUCAAGGAAUGUAAGCAGCUUUUGCAGGGGUACAACUGACAGUAGAAUUACAGAUGGCUGAGUCUCAGCAGAGCAUGGAGGUCAGUACAGAGGACACUCAUUACCCUAAAGGUGACCCCAUUGGCUUUGAGGAUAAUCACGUUAUGACUGCACAAGAGCAACCAGUGAAUGAAGUACCAGAGAAGGAAGCUCUGAUUCCCAAGCAUGCCACAGAUAGGAUUUUUUUUAUUGAUUUAGCCAAUAAGCAUCUGCAAAUCAUCCCACCUGAGGUCUUCAGUCUAGAGCAUCUGGAAGAGCUGCACAUGGAGAAGAACCUGAUAGUAAACAUCCCGAAAGAAAUAAAACUCCUGAAGAACAUGAAGGUUCUCUACUUGGAUCACAAUCGCAUACGGGACAUAUGUGAUGAGCUGGGAAUGUUGAAAAGUAUUCUGAGCUUAGAUUUAAGUAACAACCCCCUCUCUUACAGUUCUCUGCUGGUAAUCAGCAACUUGCAGUCCCUUCACCAGCUCAGGCUCUAUCAAAUAAACUUGCAUGAAAUCCCAGUGCAGAUCUGCAAAUACCUCCAUCUCAUUGAACUUCUUGGGCUUUCUGACAAUAAUCUACAGUGUCUGCCAAAAGAAAUAGUGAACCUGAAAAAACUCAAGGAAAUUUACCUCAAAAACAAUAGGUUUGAAAAAUUUCCCAUCGAGCUUUGUAAAAAUGUUAGUUUAGAAAUAAUAGAUCUGGAACAAAAUCUGAUCAGUCACAUCCCAGAAGAGAUAGGCUCUUUGACGAACUUAGUUAAGCUAUUUUUAGCUUUUAAUAACUUAUCUUCCAUUCCUCCUACGCUGCAACACUGCCAGAAGCUGGCGGUGCUGGAUCUGUCUCAUAAUCCCCUGCACAAGCUUCCCCCAGUUUUGAACAGCCUCACUGAAAAGAGUGAACUCGGCCUGUCUGAUAACAGCCUGGAGGAGCUGCCAGCCCAGACAGGCUCUUGGACAUCACUUACCCAUCUUUAUCUGAGGAACAGCGGGCUGCACAGAGUACACAUGUCCUUCACCAGCCUCACCAGUGUCAGGGUACUCGAUCUGAGUGAAAAUUGCUUUGAUGAAAUUCCUAAAGGAAUAUGCUCCAUGAAAAACCUGGAGAUAUUGAACCUGGAUGACAAUCAAAUACAGGAGAUACCAGCAGAAAUACAAGAACUGACAAAUUUAAAAUGCCUCAGCCUGUCCAAAAAUCAAUUCAACAACUUUCCAGUGGAAAUCUUUCUCGUGGGGUCAUUAGAGAAAUUAUAUCUGGGACAAAAUAAAGGAGUUAAACUGACAAGUCUGCCAGAAGAUAUCAUCAAACUGCAGAAUCUGAAAGAACUGCAUAUAGAGAAUAAUUGUCUGGAGUACCUGCCUCCAGCUGUUGGCUCACUGACCCACUUGAGAAUACUUGACUGUCACAACAAUCUCCUUAAGAAGCUCCCAGAGUCUCUAGGCCAAAUGCAAGGUUUGCAGCAACUGCUCCUUCAGAACAAUCAGCUGUCCAGCCUCCCUGAGGAUUUGAACAGCCUGAAGCAGCUGCAGGUGAUCCUUGUGGAUGGGAACCCUAUGACAGAUCCUCCCAUUGAACUGUGCUGUCAGGGGACAUCUGCUAUCCUGCAGUACUUAUGGCAAAAAAGACAUAAGAAAGCCAAGGCUUCAAAGAUCCGAAAUAUUUGGCAAGGGCUGAUUACAAAGAAGGGGAUCAGACCUUUCUUGGCAUUUAACAGUAUGACAAACAAAAAAAAGGAAAAGAAAGGAAAAGAGAAAGGAAAACAAAAGCCUGGAAAAGAAGCAAAAGCCAAAAAGUGAUUCUUGUGCAGUAAGCCAAACAGAACCCUGUCAGCUGCAAGAGAAGUGAGUACAAAACAAACAGCAUUAAAGCAUUCACAUCAGUGGAUAUUCUAAUGAAAA